AUGUUCAAGACACUUUCGGCAAAAGCUGCCGCUCAGCUCGACCAGGAGCUCAUGUCAAGCGGUGCUUACUCAAUUGACCAGCUAAUGGAACUUGCUGGCCUUGCUGUGGCCAAGGCUAUCUAUAAACAGUUUCCACCUCAACCAUCCACACCAGCUGCCCCUAAAGUGUUAGUGCUUGUGGGGCCUGGAAACAACGGUGGAGAUGGACUUGUGUGUGCACGUCACUUGAAACUCUGGCGUCACUAUGAGCCUGUGAUCUACUAUCCAAAGAGACCACAGAAGGACCUUUAUCAGCGUCUUACGACGCAGUUGCGUCACUUGGGAGUGAAGGAGAUCGAGACGCUUGAGGAGGUGAAGAAACUUACGGCUGAGCCUUCGUUGAAGGUGAUUGUGGAUUCAAUUUUUGGCUUUUCAUUUAAACCUCCUGUUCGUGAUCCUUUCGAUAAGCUCAUUGACCAUUUGGCUGCAAAUCACGACAAGAUCGCUCCUAUAGUCGCUGUGGAUAUUCCUUCUGGAUGGGAUGUCGAUGAGGGUGCACAAGAAGUGGAUAUUGGCGCUUCUGUGCUUGUAAGCUUGACAGCUCCAAAACCUUGUUCUCAAAGGUUUGCAGCACCUGGAAAAGUACAUUACUUGGGAGGACGCUUCAUCACUGACGAUGUGGCACAACGGUACGACAUUGCUGACUUGAUAAAGUUAUACCCAGACGAUGAGUUGAUCGUGAAGUUGUAA